GUGGUGAUGAUAACGGAAAUUAUCGUAUUUUACUUCUUUUAGUUGGAAAAUGGGAUAAUUUAUAUUGAUUUAGCAAUUACUUCAAAUAAAAGCUGAUACACCUAUUGGAAAAAUUGUAGUAACGUUUAUUCAGUGAUUUCAAAAUGAGCGAAAAAACAUCACCCUUACGAUAUUACCUCCUCAAUACUUCGUUUCAUGGCUUUCGGUAUAUUUCGGAAGCUGGAAGGCACUGGACUGAGCGCGUUUUUUGGGCCCUUUGCUGCCUCCUCAGCUGGACCGCCACCCUCCUCCUGAUCAAAUCCUCCUGGGAGGACUUCCAAACCAACGCCAUCAGCUUCGUGGUGGACACCAGCUACCUCCCCUGGGACACCCACUUCCCGUCCAUCUCCGUGUGCGAAAGCGACAACCAGAAACGCAUCGCCGAAAUCACCGACCGCAUCUACGGCGACCCCCACGACUACAACCUCGACGAAAUCGUCAAAGAACUAGUCUACUUCCGCGGCCUCUCCUUCUACACCCUGCAAAUCUGCGGCCCCGAGGCCCAGGUCCCGAGCGAGGACUGCGCCAAGGGCGACCUGGGGCACUUCUCCCAGCUCGUCCGAAGCAACUGCAGCCAGAUUUUCCGCAAGUGUAGAUGGAACGAGGAGGAGUUCGACUGCUGUGCGCACUUUGGGGCGCUCGACACCGAAAUGGGCGUCUGCUACGCCAUUAAUUCCAUCCAGGAGGACAAGACCAAGAGGCUGAAGAUGGUGUCCAACAUCAAAACGGGGCCCGGGAAGUUGUACCUGGAGAUCAACGGGUUCGCGAAUGUGUACAUCCUGGGGGAGCAGGAGGUGCCCUCCAUGACCACGCUGACCACGGACGUGAUCCAGGUCACGCCACAUAUCCACUACAGGAGGUUUCUGGCCGUCAAGGAAAUUGAUAAUCAACCAGAAGUGAAAGAUGUGAGCAUUCGCCAACGCAAGUGCCGUUUUUCGGACGAAUCCGAUUUAAACGUUUAUCGCUACUAUAGCUAUAGCGCUUGUUGCGUGCAGUGUCGGAAAGACGCACAGCUCAAAAUUUGCAAUUGUGCCCACCAUUUAAUGCCCAACACACCACCAAAGAACAAAUGUAACAUUACGGGCCUGUAUUGUUUAAGCAAACAUUACAAUGAAUUGUCCGUUUUGAAGCCGUAUUGGGCCAACAGGACCGGACUUGUGUGCGACUGCCUGCCCAGCUGUACCGAGAUGGAGUUGGCUGUGGUCAGGGAUGAUAAGAUUGGCAUUCCUGAAGAUUACGCUAUUGUGGAACUGGCGUUAGAACGUUUACCAACUGAGCGCUACAAAAGGAACGUCGUUAGAGGGAAAUUAGAUCUAGUCGUGUCAAUGGGUGGCAGCACUGCCCUUUUUUUGGGCGCCAGCAUUUUAAGUUUCGUCGAAGUGUUGUACUACUUUUUCGUGCGCCCUGUCAGCGACUCGCUUAUAACCAAACAAAAAAUGAAAGAAAACCAAAAAUUCCGCCGUUUCAAGGACCAAUCAAGACUCCCAACAAUUUCAUAAACUUUUAUUCAAGCAUCUCUCGCAAUUUCUUCCGCAAGAUUUUCCCAAUUUCAUUGCGGGGAAUCCCCUCAAUGAACCUCACCCCGCCAUGCAAGUGCUUCUCCUUCGUUAGAAACCGCCCCACGUGCUCCACCAACUCGCUUUCGUCCACUUCCGCCCCUUUUUCCCGCACGACGAACGCCACCGGUAGUUCCCCGCACCUCUCGUCAGGCCUGCCAACCACCGCCGCGUCCGCAACGCCCGGAAACAUCAACAAAACCUGCUCGACUUCAAGCGGCGGCACUUGAAACGACUUGUACUUAAUCAAAUCUUUCAUUCUAUCAACAAUAAAAAAAUACAAGUCUU